UGGAGAGAGCCGGCGGAGGCGGAGAAGAAAGCUGCAGGACGCAGACUUGAGUGGUUCCUGCGGCCCCCGAAGAUGUGCGGGAGCUGAGGCUGCCUGUCUGGAUACGCUGGAAAGAAAGGCAAACGUUGACUCUGGGCAGCCAGCAGGUUUAAUUCCAUUCUGCCAAGGAUCAGGGGUCUGGGGGCAGAGGAUUCACACCAAGAGCUUGAACGCCCUGGAGUUGUCGGAGUCCAGCCCCUGCUGGCGGAGCAGGAAGGGGUGUCUAAGGUUGGUUCUUGGGCCUUCCCGACCCUUCCUCACCCACCCAGGAUGUUUCAGACAGUCCCCGACACAUCGUCUUACGUCAAGGUAAGACAUGACAGCGUCUUUAAACAGGAGGCUCUGUCGGUGGUGAGCGACGACCAGUCCCUCUUCGACUCCGCCUACGGACCGGCGGCCCAUCUCCCCAAGGCCGACAUGACCGCCUCCGGGAGUCCCGACUACGGCCAGCCCCACAAGAUCAACCCCCUGCCCCCGCAGCAGGAGUGGAUGAAUCAGCCCGUGAGGGUCAGUGUCAAGCGGGAGUACGACCACAUGAACGGGUCCAGGGAGUCUCCGGUGGACUGCAGUGUUAGCAAGUGCGGCAAGCUAGUGGGCGGAGGCGAGUCCAACGCCAUGAGCUACAACAGCUACAUGGACGAGAAGAACGGCCCCCCUCCCCCCAACAUGACCACCAACGAGAGGAGGGUCAUCGUCCCCGCAGACCCCACGCUGUGGACGCAGGAGCACGUGAGGCAGUGGCUGGAGUGGGCGAUAAAGGAGUACGGCUUGAUGGAGAUCGACACAUCUUUCUUCCAGAACAUGGACGGCAAGGAACUGUGUAAACUGAACAAGGAGGAUUUCCUCCGAGCCACCUCCCUCUACAACACGGAAGUGCUAUUGUCACACCUCAGCUACCUCAGGGAAAGUUCACUGUUGGCCUAUAACACAACCUCCCACACGGACCCGUCCUCACGACUGAAUGUCAAAGAAGACCCUUCCUAUGACUCAGUCAGGAGAGGAGGAUGGGGCAAUAACAUGAAUUCUGGUCUCAACAAAAGUCCCCCCCUUGCAGGAGCACAAACAAUGAGUAAGAAUACUGAACAGCGGCCCCAACCAGAUCCAUAUCAGAUCCUGGGCCCGACCAGCAGUCGCCUAGCCAAUCCCGGGAGCGGGCAGAUCCAGCUGUGGCAGUUCCUUCUGGAGUUACUGUCGGACAGUGCCAACGCCAGCUGCAUCACCUGGGAGGGGACCAACGGGGAGUUCAAAAUGACGGACCCCGAUGAGGUGGCCAGGCGCUGGGGGGAGCGGAAGAGCAAACCCAACAUGAAUUACGACAAGCUGAGCCGAGCCCUCCGAUACUACUACGAUAAGAACAUUAUGACCAAAGUGCACGGCAAGAGGUAUGCCUACAAAUUUGACUUCCACGGCAUCGCCCAGGCCCUGCAGCCACAUCCCACCGAGUCGUCCAUGUACAAGUACCCUUCGGAUAUCUCCUACAUGCCCUCCUACCACACCCACCAACAGAAGGUGAACUUUGUCCCUCCCCCCCCGUCCUCCAUGCCGGUCACUUCCUCUAGCCUCUUCGGAGCAGCGUCACAGUACUGGACCUCCCCCACGGGUGGCAUCUACCCCAACCCCAAUGUCCCCCGCCACCCAAACACCCACGUGCCCUCACACUUAGGCAGCUACUACUAGACGCUUCAUCACCGGUGGCCUUCUCGCUGAAGUCCCCCUCCUCACACUUCUUGUUGGACAUACGUGGCCUUGAAGAGAAAACAAAACUGGAUGCUCUCUCUUGUUGGAUAGAACUUGUGUACCUGUUCUUUAAAAACGAUUCUUUUUUUUUUUUUUU